AUGAUACAACAAACUGUAUAUUCAUUCAAAUUCAAAUAUAAAAGAGUGGAUUAUUUUCAGUUUGAAGCUGGCAAUAACGCAGGGACGGGAUGUGCGGGCAAGGAAACUGGCAUUAAUGCAGGAUUGGGAUGUGAGGGCAAGGAAGCUGCCAAUAUUGCAGGGACGGGAUGUGCGGGCAAGAAAGCUGGCAAUAAUGCAGGGAUGCGAUGUGCGGGCAAGGAAGCUGGCAAUAAUGCAGGGAUGCGAUGUGCGGGCAAGGAAGCUGGCAAUAAUGCAGGGACGGGAUGUCCUGGCAAGGAAGCUGGCAAUAAUGCAGGGAUGCGAUGUGUGGGCAAGGAAGCUGGCAAUAAUGCAGGGACGGGAUGUCCAGGUAAUGAAGCUGGCAAUAAUGCAGGGAUGCGCUGUGCGGCCAAGGAAGCUGGCAAUAAUGCAGGCACGGAAUGUCCAGGUAAUGAAGCUGGCAAUAAUGCAGGGAUGCCAUGUGCGGGCAAGGAAGCUGGCAAUAAUGCAGGCACGGGAUGUCCUGGCAAGGAAGCUGGUAAUAAUGCAGGGACGGGAUGUCCAGGCAAGGAAGCUGGCAAUAAUGCAGGGAUGCGAUGUGCGGGCAAGGAAGCUGGCAAUAAUGCAGGGAUGCGAUGUGCGGGCAAGGAAGCUGGCAAUAAUGCAGGGAUGCGAUGUGCGGGCAAGGAAGCUGGCAAUAAUGCAGGGAAGGAAUGUCCAGGUAAUGAAGCUGGCAAUAAUGCAGGGACGGGAUGUCCUGGCAAGGAAGCUGGCAAUAAUGCAGGGACGGGAUGUCCUGGCAAGGAAGCUGGCAAUAAUGCAGGGACGGGAUGUCCAGGUAAUAAAGCUGGCAAUAAUGCAGGGAUGCCAUGUGCGGGCAAGGAAGCUGGCAAUAAUGCAGGGAUGCGAUGUGCGGGCAAGGAAGCUGGCAAUAAUGCAGGGACGGGAUGUCCAGGUAAUGAAGCUGGCAAUAAUGCAGGGAUGCGAUGUGCGGGCAAGGAAGCUGGCAAUAAUUCAGGGACGGGAUGUCCUGGCAAGGAAGCUGGCAAUAAUGCAGGGACGGGAUGUCCAGGUAAUGAAGCUGGCAAUAAUGCAGGGAUGCGAUGUCCUGGCAAGGAAGCUGGCAAUAAUGCAGGUAUGCGAUGUGCGGGCAAGGAAGCUGGCAAUAAUGCAGGGAUGCGAUGUGCGGGCAAGGAAGCUGGCAAUAAUGCAGGCACGGGAUGUCCAGGCAAGGAAGCUGGCAAAUCUUUAGUACUAAAAAAUGGACAGGUUUAG